ACCACAUCCUUCGAGCUGAACACAUAAAGACGUGUGUGCAUCGAGGUGGGUUUCAGAGCAUCACAUCAAACAGAGAGAUAAGAAGAAAUGGUCUUUCCGAGGGAGUUCAGCGUUUUUAUCGCUUGUGUGGUUCUCCUCAUUGUCCAGUCGAGUCAUGGUUCUGAGAUUAUUGGUGGGAAAGAAGUGCAGCCCCACUCGCUGCCUUUCAUGGCUCUGAUGGAGAGUCCAAUUUGUGGAGGGAUCCUGAUCAAUCCAACAUGGGUCCUGACUGCUGCCCACUGUGCUAACAUUAAAAAGGUGUUUCUGGGGGUGCACUCCAUCAAAGAAAUGAAAAAAGAUUCCACGCAGGUCAAGGUUAAGCGCCUUUUUCCUCAUCCCUGCUAUGAUGCAACAGAUAAGGUCAAUGACCUCAUGCUGCUCAAGCUGGACAAACCGGUGAAGCAAACCAACACAGUGAAAGUUCUCAAGUUGGGUAACACCGUCAAAGAUCCAGCAGCUGGCACCAGCUGUCUUGUGGCUGGAUGGGGAAAAACAAACAACGGUAAAAUGUCAGAUGUCCUGAUGUCUGUCAAUGUGACUGUGAUCGACAGAGUGAAGUGCAACUCUCCUGAAUGCUACGGCCUUAAACCUGUUAUCACUAGCAGCAUGAUAUGUGCUGGAUCAGAUGGCAAAAAGAGUGCUGAUACUUGUCAGGGUGACUCAGGAGGACCACUGCUGUGCAAUGGAGCGCUCAUUGGUGUCACUUCAUUUGGAAAGAAGUGUGGCGACAAAGAAAAGCCUGGAGUGUACUCUUUUCUCUCAGAAAAACAACUAAAUUGGAUCAAAACAACAAUGAAAAAGUCUGAAAUAUAAUGAGACUUCUCUAUUAAUUAUUCAGUGUUCUUGACCAUGUUAACCAUUUAAACCACAUCUCUCUUUGUACUUUAUGCUCCAUUUACUUCAUCCUCAUUUGAUACCAGUAUAUGAAAAGCAUUUACAUUAUAAUGCUGUACACCAAAGAGCUAUCUCUUUUAAGAUGAAAGAAAAACACAAAGUGACAUUAUUCAACCUGUCAACCAGACAGAUUUACCACUUCCUGCAUCAGAAGCUUGAAUUGACAUCGAGGCGUCAGCUAAAGUCUUGUGGAAAGAUUUUGUGAUGAAGGUUUAUUCUCGGGCAGGCCUCAGUAUUUGCUCAUAUUAAUCCAUAAUAUUACUGCUUGAAAAUUACAUUUUCUACUGUCUUAAAGGUUCCAUGGUAUGACAUUUUCACUUUAUGAGGUUUUUUAACAUUAAUAUGCAUUCCCCCAGCCUGCCCAUGGU